AUGAAGUUCUCUGCUGCUUCCAUCAUCUUUCUCGCCCAUGGCAUCGCCGCCAUGCCCUGGUCUUCUGGCAAAGCCAAUGAAGACAUCACUCUUCGUAUCCAAGUCUCCCAAUCUCCCUCGCAUCACGCUCAGGGUUCCACGCCCAAGGGAACCGUCAAGAUUGAGGACUCCCCGAUUUGUCUUGCAAUUUGCUGGCACUCUGUGCCUACUUGCCCUGAUGGCUGGUACUCAAACAACAUGGGCACUUCCAACUCGCCUUGCUGGACCUGCUGCAAGGCCCCCGAAGACCUUCAGCUCUAG